AUGGUUCUUGAUCGGCGAAUGCGCCGGCUCCUGCUUGUCACUGUCGCGUUUUUCUUUUUUUUCUUCUUGUUGAAGCCGCCGUCUGCGCGACGAUCGUUUUACAGGCCUGUUCCCGACGACUUACCACCACCAUCACCACCAUCACCACCAUCACCACCACACUCCCAAACCUCACCACAUCCUCCCCACCAAGACCCCCCUUCCCGAUCACCCGCCAAACCCGUCAAAGAACCAUUACGUCCCCUCCAUCCAGUCCAGUUCUUUUUUCCACCAGGCUACCGCCCAAAUAACAUCUCCCUCUCCCGCCGCGCCGCCGUCAAGUCCGCCUUCCUAAAGUCAUGGACGGCUUACAAACUCCAUGCUUAUCCCUCAGACGAACUCGCUCCUGUGUCAGGGAGAGGAAAAACGACGUUGGGCUGGGCGGGGACGUUGGUUGAUAGUUUGGAUGUGUUGUGGGUCAUGGAUUUGAGGGAGGAGUUUUAUGAUGCUGUGGAGGAGGUUUGCAAGAUUGAUUUCGCGGGGGGGAAGGGGGGGGUGGAUAUGGGGAGGUAUCUGGGGGGGUUGGUUGCUGGGUAUGAUUUGUCGGGGGAGUGGGGGUUGUUGGAGAGGGCGGGGGAGUUGGGGGGGUUGUUGAUGGAAAAGGGGAAGGGGCGAGAGGGAAUGAGGACGGGGGCUUGGUUGGAGUUUACACGGUUGGGACAGCUGAUCGGUGAUAAAAAGUAUUGUGAUGCUGUGAGGGGGGAGGUGGAUGUUUUGGAGGAGGGGCAGGAGAGGACGAAGCUGAGGGGGUUGUGGCCUGUGAAAGGGGCUGAAGGUGAUGAGGUUUUUGGCCUGGGGAAGGGGGCGGAGGGCGUUUAUGGCAAUCUACUCAAGACGGCGGCUUUGCUCGGAAGGGGGAGAGAGGGGAGGUUGGAGAGGAUGUGGAAAGAAGCCAUGGGGGUGGCGGAGGAUUGGUUGCUCUUCCGGCCCAUGCUCGCGGAGGAGGAUAGGGAUGAGAUGGGGGAUAGGAGGGAUGUACUGUUGGUUGGUGAGGCGAGGAUGAACGGGGAUGAAGUAGAAACGGCGCCAAAGGUUCAGCAUUUGGGUUGCUAUGCGGGGGGGAUGUUUGGGCUGGGAGGGAAGCUGUUUGGGAACGAGGAAUAUAUCAAGAUUGGGGAGCAGCUCACCCGGGGUUGUGCGUGGGCUUACGGGGCGUUUCCCACGGGUUUGAUGCCAGAGGUACUCGAGGCGGUUCCUUGCGAGGGCGACUGGAGGGACGGGCCGUGCAAGUUUGAUGAGGACAAGUGGCGGAAAGAGGGCAGCAGGAAGCUGAGGAAGCCGUUCAAGUCGGUGAAAGACCCAAAGUACCUACUCAGACCGGAGGCUAUCGAGAGCUUGUUCGUCAUGUUCAGAAUUACGGGAAACAAGGAGUACCAGGAGCUGGCAUGGGAGAUGUUCCAGAGCGUGGUCGGGGCUACCGAGACGGAGCUGGCGUUUUCUGCCAUCAGCGAUGUCACUGUUCAUGGCCUACUGAAGAAGCUGGAUUCGAUGGAGAGCUUCUGGCUAGCCGAAACACUCAAGUACUACUACCUCAUCUUCUCACCACCAGACCUCAUCAGCCUGGACGAAUGGGUCCUCAGCCCAGGAGCACAUCCCUUCCGCCGAGACAGCAGUGGGUUCAUCACCCGAGGCUUCGACGAACCCCCACGCCCAAAAAAGAAGAAGAAAAAGAAACCAGGAGUACCAUGA